GUUAUCAUGAAAAGAAUAUUCGUGGUUCAUAUAUGACGCGAUUCUCGUAAACAAUCAAAAUGGCGCUUAGAACGACGCUAAGAACUUUUUUUCACUUUUUUCUGGUAUAUUCUAAUUCUCGGUCUCCGAUGAAUCUUUGCUUCGUUUUGGAGAAGUAUGUUUAAAAAAAGGCUGUAUUCUUAAGGUUUCAGGAUUGGAAUUUGCAAGAAGAGGAUAAUUUAUAACUCUCCCCAACAGACUGUAACUCAUAAACUUGUAAGCUUGAAUUAUUGCUGAGUUGGAGAGGCAUCGACGUCCUCAGCCUCAAAUGAACUUCACAGUAACCAGGAGGAUCUUCCAUCAAUCACAGGGCCUUAAAUUAAUCUGUUCCCGAACUUUUCACAGUACAUUUCAACGUGCAGAACAUUUUUCGAGAUGUUCCGCAACUUUUCCCCCGUUAUGUUGUCCACAGUGCAGCAGAAAGGCUGGUUUAGCACGUCUUUACUGUUCAAGAACAAUGAGAACUUCCAGUUUGAAAAGAGCUUGUUCAGAUUUAAACGAUGCCUUUUCUGAGGCUAACAAAGUGCGCUUUGUCAAGAAGGUAGGAGUGAUGAAAACUCGCAAAUCUUUGUUAGCAAGCUGUUCUGAGGAAGCCGCUGUUUUUGUACCUUUCUGUAUUGCUGACUCUGCUCCCUCAGUACUUUUUACUCUUCGUUCUAAUCAGCUGAACAAACACAGAGGAGAGGUCAGUUUUCCAGGAGGUAAAAAAGAUCCGGAAGAUAAGAGUGUCAUAGAGACAGCGGUCAGAGAAAUGGAAGAGGAGAUGGGACUGGAAAAAAGCCGUGUGCACAUCUGGGCACAGAUGCCAGCAAUGCCAGAUAGGCUUGGUAAAGUUGCAAUCACUCCUGUCAUCGGCUUUAUUGGAGAAAUUGAUGUGAAUUCACUUGAGCUGAAUCCAGAAGAGGUGGAAUCUGUCUUCACACUUUCUCUGGAGCAUGUCUGUAAUCCGACCAAUUGUGGGUAUACCAAGUUCACUUCCCAGGCCGUGUUACCAUUGUUUCUUAACGGACCUCACAGGAUUUGGGGGCUCACUGCGAUAAUCCUAGAACAAGUCCUACUAGCUUUACUUCCAGAGAAUUAUCCACAACAACUAUUUAGGCCUGGAAAACAGAAAUCACUAGUAACUAGUAAAAAUGAAAAGUCAACCAAGCAUGUUUAACAUAAGUCAAUGAAAAAGAAAUUUUCAGUGUUCAAGGUAGAUUGAUGGAGUUUUUAAAUGGCAAGUUAUCACAAUAAUGUGACAAUCUUUUUUAUGACGAAGUGCAAUUACUUUAUUUCCAAAAAAUAUAUUUACAAGUUCUGAAUUGUAUCUAAGUAUGUGAUGGACUGAGUUCUUACAAAUGGCUUUACACAAGCUACAGUGUAGGUAAAACAAUUCCAUCUGUUGCUUCCACUUUUUCAGUUUUAUUCACACUUUUCUUUGAAAACUAAUUUGUCUUGGUAAUCUUCACUCUGUGACUAAUAAAUAAUUUCCGAGCAUCAGAUUAGAGUUACUUUAUCUCAAUAUCCAUUUAAAAAGAAUAAGACAGUUUAUUUUUAAGCUGAUAAGGAUAACUGGAUCCUGUUGUUGGUCUUUCCUGGCUUUUUUUUUUUUUUUUGUAAAAUUCACAAUGCUCCCUUUCUCAAGCUAGCAUCACUUUAUUGAGUGGGAACUGCUAUUAGUGGAAUAUGUUUUGGGCCACCCGUAAGCUUUCAAUUCAUAUAGCUUGCUUCUUAAUCACACUAGUUGUCCACUUCUAGUGACAUUUCUUUGUAAUUGAACAAGCAUUUGACUCUGGGAUUAAGGGAAAUUCCUUAAACCUUCUCACUUGACCUGGGAAAA